AUGCCCCUUCUAACCGUAGAGGGAGUAGUAGCCAGUGGCGUGCACAUAUUCAACGCUUCCUAUAAUUUAAUAAUUAUUUUUAGUAUUAUACCACAAGUGCUACAAUGUAUCAAAUGCCUAGGAAUGUUCAAAAUGCAAAAGGUCUUAACUGAGCACGAACAAACUUGCGACGGAGGAGAAAGCUUCAAUAUUUUAGUAUACAAAUCGAAAAACCCAAACGAAGAUUCCUUCAAUUGUCCGCAUUGCGGCAAGGUGUUCACAAACCUGCGUUACUUUAGAACGCACUUGAAAGUCGUACACUAUGGACGACAAAAGAGCGAAUGCAAGUUGUGCAACAAAGUGUUCACCAGACACGCGACCCUGGUUGGUCACAUGAAAAAAAUUCACAUGGGAUGGCAAAAAACAUUUUCUUGCGACUUAUGUAACAAGGAGUACUGUAACAAAUAUAUAUUACAGAGGCACAAAGCCCACGUUCACAUCAAGGAAUUCAAAAUAUUUUGCCCCUUGUGCCAAAAAGUCCUUUUUUCAGAAGCGAAUUUGAAAAGACACAUUGAAGCAGUUCACGAAAAAAAAGAGGAACUAUUCCCUUGCUCCCUGGAAAAUUGCAAAAAAAUAUUUAAAUCAAAAACUUCUCUACAAUAUCACAUAGAAACUGCCCACAAUACCGACGAAAGUAAACCCGAAUUGGUUUGUUACAAGUGCGGCAAAAUCUACAACCAUCCCAAAACCUUGGCAGGGCAUAUGGGCAAACACAAAAGAAACAAAAUUCAUCCGUGCACCAUAUGCAAAAAAGUACUCACUUCACGAUCGAGUCUAGAGAAUCACUUGCGGAUUCAUACCGGGGAGAAACUGUUCGUUUGCGAACUGUGCGGACAAAAAUUCAAUGUGGCCAAUACUCUCAAGAAUCACAUGCGCACGCAUACUAAUGAAAAACCAUUUGAGUGCAAUGUUUGUCAGAAGAGGUUCAGUCAAAAGACACCAUUGACCAGACACAUUCGGAGAUUCCAUAUUUAG